AUGGCUCCGCCGCCCCUCCCCCCUCCAUCCCCGUCUGGUUCGACUGAGCGACUCGCCGAAGAGCUAGCUCCCACUCUCGACCAACUAAAGAUCCUCGCUACGGGCAAGGACCUGUCCCUUUCACAGGCCCUCACGGCGACCGAACCUCUCCUUCGUCUUCGCCAUACCUUUAUCGAUGAUGCACGCCCUCAAGCCGCGAAAGAUGCCUUCCGACAUCUCCAGGGCUUCCAGAUCCUGCUCGGGCUCGCGGAGCAAAUUGCUGAGCUCUAUGACCCGCGGACCCUCUCCAAAGAGGACAGAAAGGGCUUGCUCGGAAUCUACAAGGAUGUCGUUGGAGUCUUGGCCGAAGGAUUGAAGGAACACUUUGGAAACAAACGAUACUUCGCCCGCAGGAUUGCCGGGGGCGGGACUGCUGGUCUGGAACGGACUCUCGCUGUGCUGGUUGGGAAGAUGGGUGAUACUGAAGCCGAUUCACAACAACUGUACGGUGCCAUUCUGGCCGCCGCACUGUGCCAGGAGGCCGUAGCGGGGAUUUUUGCAACUUUCAAUAGCAGAAUCCCGCAGGGCACGGAUUCGACAUCCCCGAAAGAUCUACGGCUUGCCGUCGACCAAUUCAUGGGCUCCGCCGAGACUGUGGAGGUCGCAGAGCUGCUCGGCCCGUUGCUCCGCGUCUGGGUAACACACUCUGUGAUACCUGGAAAUAAUGGUCUGCGUUUGGCUCUUCCCGCAUGUCUUUGUCAAUUGGCUUCUCAAUCUCGCCGGAACGUUGUAGCUUUGCAUGCCACCGGAAUGUUGACCUCAAUCCUUCCGCUCUUGUUCGAUGACGGCCGGUCCGACACCGAAAGAGCACUCUAUCAAGACCUAGCCCAGUAUCUUAGUGUUCAAGGUAUGAGUAGCUUGGACGACGCAGUUGCACUUUACCGACGCGCACACGAUAAUCCUCAGGUUCUUCAGUUCUUACUCUCCGCCCUCAAACUUUCCAAAGAGCCCCCGUCAAUACAAUUCGACCUCUCUCUACAUGGGUUUUGCUCUGUGGAGUUCGCAACCUUGGGUCGACCAUUCCCACCGAGCACUUCGGCUGGCUACACUUUGUCCGCCUGGCUGCGCUUUGACGAGUUCGAUUCAAAUACGCAUACCACAAUAUUCGGAGCAUUUGAUGCUAGCCAAACUUGUUUCAUCCUAGCUUAUCUGGAGAAGGAUACACGCAACUUUAUUUUGCAGACCGCGAUUCGUGGCCCGCGCCCCAGCGUACGCUUCAAGUCCGCCAAGUUUGAAUCUGGUCGCUGGUACCAUAUCUGCCUAAUUCAUAGACGACCAAAGCCCAUGUCCUCGUCCAAGGCAUCCCUCUUUAUAGAUGGCGAAUUCUCGGAGCAGUUGAAGAUUGAUUAUCCUUCAGUUCCAACUAGUAAUCACCCAAGCCGACCACCACGCAUCCAGGCUUUCUUCGGAACGCCCCAGGAUCUUGCAAUGAGACUUGGUAAAGGAGUUUCUACAUCCCGCUGGUCACUUGCAAAUGGAAUUUUGUUCGAUGAGGCGUUCAGCGAUGACAUGGUGGCUGUAUUUUACAAUCUCGGUCCGCGCUACUAUGGUAACUUCCAGGACUGCUUAGGAUCUUUCCAGACGUACAAAGCAUCUGCCACCCUGAACUUGCGGAAUGAACAUCUCCAUCCCGGCAAAGAGGAGAGCUCAGACAUUGUCACUGCUAUCCGACGGCGAGCAAGUAAUCUUGUUCGCGAGAGCUCAAUUUUGAUCAAUGUUUCCCCUGUGGCUGUUCUUGACGACGAUGACAGCAACAAUGUGGACGAGUCACAACUUAUCAAAUGCUUGUCUAAACAAGCAGCCAAGUCCCUGCAGCAGCUUACCAAGGCUGGGGGCAAUGCCGUAGCGAUAAAUGGAGCCACUCCUGCGAUCAACGACGGUCUGACUCAACCUCAAGGAGUUGGAAUUCUAACAGGCGAUCCAGUUGUUGAAGUUCCUCGAUCGCUGGACGACGCCAGCUGGUGUUUGGGCGGCUGUGCUCCGGUGCAUCUCAGUCUCAUUCAAGCCGCUGACACUGCUGAAAAUACACGGGUUGCCGUGGAAGCGCUCUACGAGGCCGUGCGGGAUAAUUGGCGAAAUAGUGAGGCGAUGGAGAGAGACAACGGAUAUGGAAUCCUCGCUGUACAGCUCCGAGAAAAGCUGGGCUAUCAAUUUAGCACAUCAGCCGUACCAAACAAGACUUCCCUGGUUGCGUCAACUGAAGAACAAAAUUCUUUGACCCUUGAGCUACUGCGACUCACUCUUGCAUUUGUUGGCUAUGAUUUCGACCGUCCAAAUCACUCCAUAAUCACGAAUCCUCUCGCCUACCGGGUAUUGCUUGUUGACAUGGAUAUCUGGCGAUUCGGAGAUAAGCCUGUCAUGGAUCUAUACUAUUCACAAUUUCGAGCGUUUGCUGCCGAAAGCAACUAUCGCCGGUUCAAUGCCAGGCGACUCGGUCGAAUGCGCGUCAGCAAGAAACUUCUCGAGAUUUUGAAGGGAGGUGAACUGACACAGGAAACUCUCCAACCUUGUCUGUCCGCUUUUCGGUCCUUGGUUGAAAGCAGUCCAUCCCCUGAUCUCCUUCGAUCGCUGGCUUUGUCCAUCACUUAUACCCUUCACAAGCCUAGCCCGUCUGCCGCACUGAAGAAAAAGAAGAGUCUCCGUUUUGUGGGAGCUUCAUCUCGACCAGGUUCAUCAAAGUCCGACUCAGAGAAAUAUAUCAGGAAUAUUCCACUGGGAAUCGAGAUGUUGCGAUUGUAUUCCAAUAUCCUCUGCAACCCUCUUGAUCCGACGCCUCUGAAGAAAUUUGCCAAGGCAGUCACCAAUAAGUGGCUCUUGUACCUCGCCUGUGAAGAUGAACCCGAAGUCGUUAACCUCGCUGUCAAGAUUCUCGCGAGGUUACUCACUGUCCAUGGAAGUAGCUAUAGCAAGAAGUUUGCCGACAAGAACGCAGGGUACACGAUUCUGGAACAUCACUUGAAACGAUGGUGGAAUGUUCCAUCUAUCUGGAUCAUCUGCCUGUCUAUUCUUUUCGGACAAGAUGUUGCUCGUCUGGAUCUCGAGAAACCUUUCAACGCACCUGCCCUCCUCAACAUGUUCUUGGCAGAUGGCGAGCUCCGCAUUGCAUUUCCCGAGAUGCUCCCUGUCAUCAUGGCAAUGCUCAGGGCCGGAUCGAAACAAAUAAUAUCCACUGGCGAGGCGGAGACGGCAGAAGACUCACAGGCUCUAUUCGAAGAAGCUGCGACCAGUUCAAAGAACCCGAGCAUGGCGACGUGCAACCUGGCCGAUGUACCCCUGCCGGAUCGAACGAAAUAUGGCAUUUCCAUGCUGUCCUCAGUUAUCAAGUUUUUUGCGGAGGCUCGAUCGAUCUCUAGAAAUUUCCAGGAAUUUACUACGCAGCCAAAUUAUCUCCAGGAACUUCUGUCUAUUCUUUAUCCUACAGUUGUUGGUACAGACCCUAUUAGCCCGGCCAUAGAAAUGACCACUCGACACGGCGGAAUCGGCUUCGAUGACAGCAAUCUCGUUCUUCGACCUCGUUCAGGUACUGCAAACGCCUCCACGGCCUUCCAAACAACCACAAUUGACGUGGCAGAAAGUGCCGACGAGAGUACUGAUUCACUUCGUCGUGGAUCCUCGUUUGUCCUCAUCUCCUCAGAAAGAGCUAAACAUCAGCCGUCUUCUGCUCGCAUUCGUCGCUUAGUCGAUCCCAAUUUAUUAAAUGACGAGGCCCAAUUGCCGACAAAAAAUCCUCGCCUACUCCAAGAACCUCGUGUUUUGACAAAUCUCUCGCGCUUUGCAAUGCAUCUGGUGGAGGCGGUCUAUGAAGGAUGGUAUGUCAAUGGGCCCGUCUCUAGUCUCGAAUGUAUGGGUACGAUUUUGGAAUAUCUUCAACGUCCCGAUGUCGCAAGCCUCAAGAGUAUUCGUCUGUGCAGUCAAACAGUGGCUACUAUCCAUUCAGCACUAUAUCGGAUAGUCCUGUUUCAGCUUUCGGAGGCGGAAGAUAGCGAGGCGUUGACAGUUCUGAAACGACUGAACUACUGGCAAGUCGUGCUUCUUUCCGCAGCCGAUACUCAGUCGAAGAAUCUUCAACUACUUUUCUACCUGCUGUACACGAAAUUGAUUAGCAUCGAUGAGAGCGUUCGCUUGGCCGCAGCAAGCCUUUGGCGGAUAAUUCUUGUCCAGAAGCCCGAAGAGGUGACAAAUCUCCUGGGCAAUGCCCCUCAUUCCCUACAGCGCCGGCUAGCUGAUGGAUUUGAUACACUUGUGGGCAUGGAGGAUGAAGCCUUUCUUCCAUGGAUAGACGGUCAAAGGGACGACCUGGAUGCUUUGUUUUUUGGGAUCUUGUCUCGGUCCUGGGAGACUUUCGUCCAAGAAGAGAAUGCAAAAAGCGAGGACUCAGGCAAGAACCGCAUGUCAAAACGCAAAGAAAAGUUGAAACAAUGGGUUCAAUUGGAAAAGUUCAACGAGGAGGUCAUCAGGAAACAUGACGCUACCUUACCUCAUUGGAUCUCGAACAUCUCCGCGUCAGAGUUUCUGAAGUCACAAAGAUUUCUGCAAGACUUGCAAGACAACUCUGUCUUCAUGUGGUCGGCAUUCUCGACUCUUUUGAUGGAUCUGCGACGACCAGGGGGUCUUCUUGCGGAAGAGAAGGAAAUGAAAUGGCGACUCGAUCAAACCGAAGGCCGCAGCCGUAUGCGAUUACGAGUUGUCCCAGACGAAUUGGGUGACCGACAAGACUACCAGCCAAAGCGAAAGGCUUCCGAGCCACCUAUUCCUAAACUCGAUACUCGCGUUCGUGCACUAUCUGCAGGGGAAGUGGCUGCUACACCUACCGUCAUGACAGGGGAGCCUGACGGUCUUGACUCUGAGCCUCAAUAUGGCGACGCUGAAAAUGCCACCAACGCGGAAGAUCCGAGUAUGCUUGAAGAGAAUUUCGAGAUGAUUGACGACCCCAAGAAUGAACUCGAGGACUAUGAUGACAAAAAUCGCAAAGUGAUGCGGUCUCUUCACCGUGGUGACCAGGUCCAGAAUGUGUGUAACAUGUCGCGAAUCAUUGGCCUCGAGGCCGUCGAGGGGCUUUUGAUUCUCGGAAAGGAUUGCAUCUACAUUCUGGACAACUUCUUCCAAAGGGCCGAUGGAGAAAUUGUCAAUGUCUGGCAAGCUCCUGUGGAGGAGCGCGACUCUUAUGUGCGAAUGAUAUCCGGAAGAGAAUCUAACGACCGCCGUUCUCAAGAGCAUGAAACUAGAAGCUGGAAGUGGUCAGACCUUGUCAGUGUCUCCAAACGUCGCUUCCUCUUCCGUGAUGUCGCCCUGGAAAUCUUUUUCACAGAUGGUACCAGCUACCUUCUCACGUUCUUUUCUGCACGAGUAAGAGAUGAAUUAUGCAAUCAGCUUGGCUCGAAAGCACCGCAGGUCACUGGAAGUGCUGGCCACUCGCGACCGGAAGAUAUCUGGAGAUUUGAAACCUUGCGAAGCCAAGAGGAUGCGCCGCAAUCUAUCGGCUCUAAAUUCGCAAGUGUCUUUGGCCACCUUCCAUCGAACCCUGCAACGCGAAAAUGGGUCAAGGGCGAAAUAUCCAAUUUCCACUAUCUGAUGUUGAUCAAUACCCUUGCUGGACGAACAUUCAACGACUUGACCCAGUAUCCAGUCUUCCCGUGGGUCUUGGCAGACUACACAAGCGAGGAGCUCGAUCUCACCAACCCCAAGACAUUUCGUGACCUUUCCCGUCCCAUGGGCUGUCAGAAUCCCGAUCGCGAAGCGGGUUUCAAGGAACGUUACAAUGCCUUUGCAGAGAUGGGUGAUGAUAACUCCCCGCCUUUCCAUUAUGGAACCCAUUACUCCUCCGCCAUGAUCGUCAGCUCGUAUCUCAUUCGUCUUCAGCCGUUUGUCAAGUCAUACCUUCUCCUCCAGGGCGGAACAUUCGAUCACGCAGAUCGACUUUUCUACUCAAUUCGAAAGGCAUGGGAAUCCGCAACACGGGGUAACAUGUCUGAUGUGCGAGAAUUGAUUCCAGAAUUCUUCUACCUGCCUGAGUUCCUGGUGAAUUCCAAUAAGUAUGACUUUGGAGUUUUGCAGAACAUGACCACAGCUAUUGAUUCGGUUGAGCUUCCCCCCUGGGCCAAAGGAGAUCCAAAGAUCUUCAUUGAGAAACAUCGCGAAGCACUAGAGAGCCCAUACGUUUCGGAAAACCUACAUCAUUGGAUUGACCUCGUGUUCGGUAGCAAACAGAAGGGCGAGGCCGCAGUUGAAGCCGUCAAUGUCUUUCAUCAUCUGUCUUACAAGGGUGCGAAGGACUUGGAUGCGAUCGAUGAUCCUAUGGAGCGGUUGGCUACUAUCGGAAUUAUCCAUAAUUUUGGACAAACCCCUCAUCAAAUUUUCCAACGUCCACAUGCACAGCGGGAAGAUCAACGACACCGUGUUCCCCGGCUUGACACCCUCGCGGAAUCCCUAACACAGACGCCACUCGCAUUGCUCGAUACAGAAGAGCGCGUAGCGAAUCUUUCCAUGAGACAGGACCGCCUCCUGUGCACGGCCUCUCUUCGCUUGAAUGUCCCGCCAAACUACGACCAUUAUAUGGAAUGGGGAUUCUUCGAUGGCAGUGUUCGUUUCUACUCUGCGGACAGUCGUAAACUUCUCGGCCACUUCGAGCAUCUGCAUAUCGGCCAGCUUUCCUAUGCUAGUUUCGCAGACUCACGAACACUCAUCACAUGCGGUACCGAUUGUACAGUUUCUCUAUGGACAAUUACUGCGACAUCCAAAUCAGUUGAUCUACAACCUAUCGGAUCGCUCUUUGGCCACCGCACGCCCGUAAGCGUGCUCGCCGUUUCGCGUUCUUUCAGCGCUUUACUAUCCGCAUCCAGUGACGGACACAUCAUGCUAUGGGAUCUUAACCGACGAGGUUUCGUACGAACAUUGCCUGCUGAAGGAACGGUUGAUUGUGCUCGUAUAAACGACGUGACGGGCAACAUUGUUGUCUGUCGGGGCCAUCGACUUACCAUGUACACUCUGAAUGGUGAAGUCCUAGUCGACCAACCGGUCUGCGAUUCGGUCGAUGAUCGAGUGUUAUCUUGUGUCUUUUACGAGGGCGACCAAAAUGAAUGGCUCGGGCGUGAACUUGUCCUGACGGGUCACAGUCGCGGUGUUGUGAAUAUCUGGAGCAAGGUGAUUCGAAGCGGACGGUUUGAGCUGGAACUCAUCCGUCAACUACAUCAUACAGACAGCAGUCGCGACACCGGGGCCAAUAUCUCGACGGGGAUCAGUUGUAUCCUUCCCCUUCCCCACGUGGUCUAUACUGGGGAUGAAGCGGGCCGUGUGUAUGAGUGGAACUGCAUAACGAGGCGCUAA